GCACAUUUGAGCACAAUAGUUGCAUAACAUUCUUCAUUCUCGGGUUUCAUAUUGCUUUUAGGGGUAAUCACUUUAAAGUAACUUCUGGAAAGAAUGAAAACCCGAGAUUCACCGCCACCUCCUCCGGUCCACGUCCACGUACCGGGGAGCACACCUGUACACGUUCAUAUGAGAAGGAGUCCCAGCAAAACCCCUCAGAAUCGAACCAAAGAUGCCCAAGUGAAGGGAGUUAAAGAGAGGCCAAAGGUGCGGACGCCGUGGAUUCCUCCAGGAAAACUGUCCUCACGAAGAGACGAGGGCUCCUACAAGACGAGCAGAGUGCAUCACCAGUCGGAAAGUGGGAUCAGACAUGAAACUGAUGCGGCAGAGAGGGAUGAUGAUUUGGCUGCAGCAUCCAAUAACCUCAGUGUCCUGCUUAGAGAGCAGGAAGGCAUUCAGCGUUUGAAGAAGUCGGAUUCUCUGGGUCAACACAGACACACGGAUGUGCUCUUGAGGGCACUUGUAGAAGUGGAAAUCGAUGGUGUAGCUGUAGCUAAUCAGCUGACGGUCCUGAAGCAAACUGUUGACAGCCUUGCUAAGGACAAGAGACUUUCUAAAAUGCAUGCAGUCUCACUGGGACGGCAGCAGGACCUGCUGCUGGAGAAGGUUGAAAUGUUUGAUAACACCAAUCGCAGCCUUCGAGAGCAACUCAGGGAGUGGAGUCAACACCAGAGAGAAUUUCUGGUGUGGUUGGAGCAGAAAGAUUGCUUGAAGAAGAGACUGGCUGACAGUGAAGCAGAGAAUAUUCGACUUUUGGCCAAACUCACCAACAAAGAGAAAGAAGCCACAAAACUUUCUGAGCACUUGGAAUUUGAAAAGGACAACAUCAAGACGACGGAUGAACUUUCAAGGAUCCUGGAGUCAACCCAAAACCAUCUGCAGUCUCAGCUAAACCAUGCAGAAGCUGAAAAGGCCCAUCUGGCAGCUCAGAUUCAGUGGAUGCAGCAGAGCUACAAGCAGCAGCAAGAGGAACUCCAGACUUUGCAGGAGGAGCUGCAGGUGUUGAAGCAGCAGAGGGAGGACGAGGAGGACAAGAAACAAGACCAGGAAACUCUGGCCCUGCUCACCCAGCAGGCCGAGCUAGCUGAGGGGUCUGCCAGGCAGCUUCAAGAGAAACUUCAGGAGAAGGAGUCCCAGCUGUCUCAGGCUCUAUCCACGUCCAGUGAUUGGUGUCUCCGCCACUCGAAAGAGGCAGCUGCGAGAGGACAGCUGGAAGAGGAAGUCUCUGCUCUCAAACUUCAGGUGGCAGAGCUGAGGUCUCGCCUUCAUUCAGUGGAGGAGAUGAGUCACACAGAGAGGGAAAAGCUCCGGGAUCAGCUUGAACAUCUCAGUGCUGAAAACACCUCUAACAAGCUGGAUAACCAAAGGCUGAAGACUGAGCUGAAGUCAUCUGAGGAGAAACUCCACGGACUUCACUCUGAAGCUCGUCACCUGAAAUCAGCAAUCAAAAAGUAUGAAAGCUUGGUGGAGAAAUACAAGAAGAAGGUCCAACAGGCUCGUCUGGAAGCGGAGCAGCACUGCCUGAAGCUGGAGGUGGUGCACAAGGAGACGCGGGAGGUGAAGUUGAGCUUGGAGAUGGAGAGGGAGAAGGUGAGGCAGGAACUGCUGGGUCGACUCAGAGAGCUGGAGGUGCUGCCUGACAGACUGAGGAGGACGGAGCAGCAGCUCCGAGACGCCCAGCAAGAGGCCGACAGCCACGAGAGGAGGAACAUGGAGAAUAACUCAGCUCUCGCUGAAGUCAGACACAAGGUGGAACAACAGUCCACUCAGCUGGAGACGUUUCAGCACAGGAACCUGCUGCUGCAGGAGGAAAACAGCGCCCUCAAAGAGAAAAUUCACAGCACUGAGAGGAGGCUGGACAUCUUAAAGGCAGAAAACAAGGAGAUGUCUCAGGCUCUUGCCUUAAAGGAAGCCAGCAUCCACAGCAUUCAGCAGCAGCUGGAGGAGAAGACUCAUGAGUGCGGCGUCCUGUCCAUACAGCUGCAGCAGACCCUGGAUGAUGCUCAGAGACAGGUGGACAGUAGCAUGCAGAGAGUUCUGGCCAAAGAAAAAGCGUCUCAGUCCAGAGCCUUGGACCUGCACAGCCAGCUGAGCCAAGCCAAAACAGAGCUGAGCCAAGUACAUCGAAGCAAGGAGGAGAUGGAGCGUCGUUUCAAAAGUCAGCUGCAGAACAUGAAGGACAGACUGGAGCAGUCGGACUCCACCAACCGCAGUCUGCACAACUACGUUCAUUUUCUCAAAACCUCAUACGGAAAUGUGUUUGGGGACUCUAUGCUGGCGAGCUGACCGCAGAGCUCCAGCUACCAUUUAAUGAUGUAUUGACCUGCUUUUGCCUUGAGAGUUUUAUGCAGUCUGUAAAAAUAAAACUUAACUUUAGUUAACUGAAUUUAUAUUCUUUUAAUGAAUAAACUACUUUCUUCACAGUUCUUUAUCUUGAAGGGCUUUUUUGCCAUUUGAAUUUGAAAACAUUCAUGUUAUUCUGACUGAAGAGAUAAUAGAUCUGACAGGUUUAAGUCUCUAAUAUUUAACAUCUGUGUCUUUACACCCUAAUAAAGAGACAAGCUAAAUUUA